ACUUCUUUGAAGUUUUAAGUCUCAUUGUCCUUAUCUACAUCUGUUACCCUGUUGAACAGGUGCGUGCCUUGGUCUAGUCAACAAUAUACCGUUUAGUGAAGGACAUCUUUGUAUUAAUAUCUUGCGAUUAGAACAGUGGUUUUCGUUGGAUGGGUUAGGCUGUAGACUUUGGUCAUAAGGGUCCGGUAAUCAAACGUGUCGGCUUGGAGAGUCAACAAAUUAGAGCAUUUCCGGGAGUGACUUUACGGAAGACGGUAGGCUACGUGGCCACCUUAUUUGACAGUUUUGGGGAGCUAUUACUAUGGAAGUGCUGAAAACAGACGUUGACAGCGGGAGCCCCACUUCCCACCAAAAGUGCUCUGACAGCCCGCAGACGAUUACCGAAGAAUCCAGUGAGCGGGUGGAAAUUUCCCCGUCCAUGGAAAGGGCAGAGACCAAUUCGUUCCCUAAUGAAAACGUGGUACCUUGGUCCAUAGACAACAACUGGGGUCUCUCGCAAGAGGAAUUGUUUGAUAUGGCAUCGAUCUUUUUGAAAGAGAAAGAUGGCAAAGCUUUCCAUCCAACCUAUGAGGAGAAGCUGAGGUUGGUUGCCCUGCAUAAACAAUCAUCUCAAGGGCCAUACAACCCUGAUACCUGUCCAGAAGUGGGUUUCUUCGACGUCUUAGGAAAUGACAGAAGGAAAGAAUGGGAAAGCCUUGGCAAAAUGACAAAAGAGGAUGCCGUGGCAGAAUUCAUUAAGCUGAUGAACAUCUGUUGUCCUUUAUUCUGUCCAUAUGUGACAUCCCAUAAGAUAGAAAAAGAAGAACAAGAGAGGAAGAGGAGGGAGGAGGGGGAGCGACUCAGGUUGGAGAGAGAGGAGAUGGAGCGACGACAACAGGAGGAGGAACAGCGCGGCAGGGAAGAACAGAUUCGACAGCAGCGAGAGGAGAAGCGGAGGCAAGAGGACGAGGAGCGGCUACGGAUUGAACAGCAGAAACAGCAGAUCGUGGCAGCUCUGAACGCCCAGACCUCGGUGCAGUUCCAGCAGUAUGCGGCCCAGCAGUGUCCGGAUGAUCCGGAACAGCAGAAGCUCCUCAUUCAGCAGCUGCAAGAGCAACACUACCAGCAAUACAUACAGCAAGCAUACAAGCUACAACUGUCCCAGCAGCAGCAGGCUAAUUUGUGGAAGCAAGAGGCAGAGUCUACUGUCCCCCCUCCAGGCAACAGAGAGCAAAGCGAGACCUGUAAAGCUCCUGACAGUGAGCGUGUGAAUGAUCAUCUGGACACUAAUUCCCCUCCACAGGUAGACCUACACACUGGACCACCAGCAGAGAUCUCAGCCCCAUCCAUGUGGACCAGACCACAUAUCAAAGACUUUAAGGAGAAGAUACAGGAUGAUCCAGACUCCAUAAUCACAGUUGGUAGGGGUGAAAUGGUUACGGUGCGUGUUCCCACCAAUGAGGAUGGCAGCUAUAUGUUCUGGGAGUUCGCCACAGAUCACUACGACGUUGGUUUUGGUCUCUACUUCGAGUGGGCAGACAUACCUGUUGGUCCCAGCAGCAGUGUUACUGCCACGACUGAACCUAGUGAUGAGGACGCGGACAAAGGAGAGCCUCAAGAAGAGACGUUGAAGGACACCCCGACACCUUUCGUAGAGGAGGUAGUGCCCAUUUAUCGGCGAGACAGCCACGAGGAAGUAUAUUCCGGGAGCCACCAAUAUCCUGGGCAGGGGACAUAUCUGCUCAAGUUCGACAAUUCCUACUCCCUCUGGAGGUCCAAGGUUGUCUAUUACAGGGUCUACUACACAGGAUGAGGCCGAGAGCGUAUCCAUGGGAACUGAACCAUUGUCUUCCAGCAUUAUUCAGUUUUUUUUAUCAGAGGGACGUACAAAGAUCCAUGUCCAUAGUAUUUUUACAAAAUAUUUGAAUACAGCUGCUUUUUAAAAAGAAUCUCCCAUUAAUCAAAUGCAGAAUAUUUGGCAAUAAUUUGGCAAUUAAACUGUAAUCUCCAAACACCAAUAGCCUACAUGUUAGAUCAAUGUAUGUUACUUAUUCUCAAGACAGACAAACGAUUACUUUAAUUCAUUGUUCAGUCAAAUCAAUAAUGUACAAUUUGUGUUAUUUUCACAUAUUCUUACUGCUCUUUUAAUGGCAUUCAACAAAAAUGUCAAUUUAGACUUUUGUCCUUUAAAUGAAUGAAUGUGAUUUAUGAGUUUAAUUUGAAGAGAGCAUAACAAUUAUGAAGAUCUUUCAUAGAUUGUAGACACAUCUUAGAAAUGAUGUAACGAUUCAUAUUUAUAUUAUGUUUAUGAAAUUAUGUCACAAUUAAUAUUUAUAUUUAGUUUAUGUUUGAACUUGAAGAGGCUGCUAAUUAUUCAGUGCACUUCAAACAGUGUGGUGUGUGGACCUCAUCUUGAUUUGCAAAGUGAUUACAUUUGGAGGCAACAGUCACAAAGAUAUAUGGCAGUAAUAUUCCAGAACUUUAAAAAGUUUCGAUAGCUUCAUAGGAGUUAUUCAUUUAAUUGUCUUAAAUAACCUUUCAGCACAAACAUGUACUGUUUAUAUUCUCUUAAUAAAGAGCCAUCAGCUGGACUGAUGUAUGGCAGAGCA